AUGGCCUCGGAAGUGGUGUGCGGGCUCGUCUUCAGGCUGUUGCUGCCCAUCUGUCUGGCAGUAGCAUGUGCAUUCCGAUACAAUGGACUCUCCUUUGUCUACCUCAUCUACCUCUUGCUCAUUCCUCUGUUCUCAGAACCAACAAAAACUACAAUGCAAGGACAUACAGGACGCUUGUUAAAGUCUCUUUGCUUCACCAGUCUUUCUUUCCUGUUGCUUCACAUCAUUUUUCACAUCACAUUGGCUAGUCUUGAAGCUCAACACCGCAUUGCACCUGGUUACAACUGUUCAACCUGGGAGAAGACAUUUCGGCAGAUUGGCUUUGAAAGCUUAAAAGGUGCUGAUGCUGGCAAUGGAAUCAGAGUGUUUGUACCUGAUAUCGGCAUGUUCAUUGCGAGUCUCACCAUCUGGCUCGUCUGUCGAAACAUUGUUCAGAAACCAGUGACUGAAGAAGCUGUCCAGUAUAACUCAGAGUUUGAAAAUGAAGAAUUGGUUGAGGGAGAAAAAAUAGAUCCCGAAGAGGCUCUGAUUUAUGAAGAAGACUUGGAUGAUGGAGCCGGUGUUGAAAGGGAGUUGGAAGAAAGCACAAAAUUAAAAAUGUUCCGCCGGCUUGCCUCUGUGGCGUCCAAGCUUAAGGAGUUUAUCGGCAACAUGAUAACCACUGCAGGAAAGGUGGUUGUGACCAUUUUACUGGGCUCAUCAGGAAUGAUGCUGCCAUCUUUGACAUCAUCUGUGUAUUUCUUUGUGUUUUUGGGUCUGUGCACUUGGUGGUCCUGGUGCCGGACCUUUGAUCCAUUGUUGUUCAGCUGUCUCUGUGUUCUACUGGCUAUUUUCACGGCGGGACACCUAAUUGGACUUUAUUUAUACCAAUUUCAGUUCUUCCAAGAAGCAGUUCCACCAAAUGACUACUAUGCUAGGUUGUUUGGUAUCAAAUCAGUCAUUCAAAUAGACUGUUCCAGCACUUGGAAGAUCAUAGCAAAUCCAGACCUAUCAUGGUAUCAUCAUGCCAACCCCAUCCUCCUGCUGGUGAUGUACUACACAUUGGCAACUCUGAUUCGCAUCUGGCUUCAGGAACCCCUUGUGCUAGAGGAGAAGCCCAAGGAAGAGGACAGGGCACUGGCCUGCAGUCCCAUCCAGAUCACUGCAGACAGGAGGCGCAGCCUGUGGUAUGCUACGCAUUACCCGACUGACGAGAGAAAACUUUUGUCAAUGACCCAAGAUGACUACAAACCAUCUGAUGGCCUUCUGGUGACUGUGAAUGGCAAUCCUGUGGAUUACCACACCAUCCACCCCAGUCUGCCCAUUGAGAAUGGGCCCGCCAAAGCCGACCUGUACUCCACCCCACAGUACCGCUGGGAGCCCUCUGACGACACCGCAGAAAAGAAAGAGGAGGAAGAGGAUGACAAAGAGGAAUAUGAAGAGGAAAGAAGCCUUGAGGAGAAGAGAAGUGUUAAAGUUCAUGCCAUGGUCUCUGUGUUCCAGUUUAUUAUGAAACAAAGUUACAUCUGUGCCCUUAUUGCUAUGAUGGCUUGGAGCAUCACCUAUCACAGCUGGUUGACUUUCGUGUUGUUGAUUUGGUCCUGCACUCUUUGGAUGAUUCGUAACAGAAGAAAAUAUGCCAUGAUUAGCUCUCCUUUCAUGGUUGUUUAUGGAAAUCUGUUGCUGAUAUUGCAAUAUAUAUGGAGUUUUGAACUUCCUGAAAUUAAAAAGGUCCCAGGAUUUUUGGAAAAGAAAGAGCCAGGAGAACUUGCCUCAAAAAUCCUUUUCACCAUUACUUUUUGGCUGCUGCUAAGGCAGCAUCUUACAGAGCAAAAAGCUCUUCAAGAGAAGGAAGCUCUUUUAUCUGAGGUCAAAAUCGGUGAGAGUCAAGAAAAUGAAGAAAAAGAUGAAGAGGAAGACAUCAAAGUGGAAGGGGAAGCUGAAAAGAAGGAUGAGGAAGAGAGAGCUAAGGAAGAGAAGCAUGAGGAAGAAGAAGCUAAGGAAGAGAAGCAAGAAAGAAAAAAAGAAGAGGAAGUGGAAAUGGAUGAAGAUGACGACCAGGACAUCAUGAAGGUGUUGGGCAAUUUGGUGGUGGCCAUGUUCAUCAAGUACUGGAUCUAUGUCUGCGGAGGAAUGUUCUUCUUUGUCAGCUUUGAGGGUAAAAUUGUGAUGUACAAGAUCAUCUACAUGGUGCUGUUUCUGUUCUGUGUGGCCUUAUAUCAGGUACAUUACGAAUGGUGGAGACGAAUGCUAAAAUAUUUUUGGAUGUCAGUGGUUAUUUACACGAUGCUGGUGCUUAUAUUUAUCUAUACAUAUCAAUUUGAAAACUUCCCAGGCCUAUGGCAAAAUAUGACUGGGCUGAAAAAAGAAAAACUCGAGGAUCUCGGUUUAAAGCAGUUUACGGUGGCAGAGCUAUUUACACGUAUAUUCAUCCCCACCUCCUUUCUGCUAGUGUGCAUUUUACACCUUCACUAUUUUCAUGAUCGGUUCCUCGAACUCACAGACCUGAAGUCCAUUCCCAGAAAAGAAGACAGCGCCAUCUACAGCCAUGCCAAAGUCAAUGGGCGUGUCUAUCUAAUUAUAAAUAGCAUCAAGAAAAAAUUACCAAUCCACCAAAAUGAACUGGCUCACCCAGAAGGAAGCCUCCCAGACCUCACCAUGAUGAAUUACACGGCCAGCCUGGAGAAGCUGGAGAUGAAGAAGUUGGCAGAUCCUGAGGAGGAGAAGCUAGAGGCUUUCUCUGAAAACAAGGAGAAGGGGGAGCUGGAGAAAGACAGUGAGGAUGAGGAGGAAGAGGUGGAAGAGGAAGAGGAAGAGGAAGAGACAUCAGAUUUGAAGAACAAAUGGCACUUGGUGAUCGACCGCCUCACGGUGCUCUUCUUAAAAUUCCUCGAGUAUUUUCACAAGCUACAGGUGUUCAUGUGGUGGAUUUUAGAGCUGCACAUCAUCAAAAUUGUCUCAUCAUACAUUAUCUGGGUUACAGUGAAAGAGGUGUCCCUGUUCAACUAUGUAUUUCUGAUUUCUUGGGCUUUUGCUCUGCCAUAUGCCAAGCUACGCCGUCUGGCUUCAAGUGUCUGCACUGUCUGGACAUGUGUGAUCAUCGUCUGCAAAAUGUUAUACCAGCUUCAAACCAUUAAUCCUGAGAACUUUUCAAUUACCUGUCGCUGGCCAAAUGAAAAUCAAACAAAUAUACCCAACGAACAGCGGAACAUGUCUCUGCUGUACCGUGCACCUAUUGAUCCAACGGAGUGGGUCGGCCUGAGGAAGUCUUCUCCCUUGCUAGUCUACCUAAGGAAUAAUCUCCUGAUGUUGGCUAUUCUGGCCUUUGAGGUCACAAUUUACCGCCAUCAGGAAUACUAUCGAGGGCGGAACAACCUGACAGCCCCCGUGUCUAAAACCAUCUUCCACGACAUUACACGGCUCCAUUUAGAUGAUGGAAUUAUUAAUUGUGCCAAAUAUUUCAUAAACUACUUCUUUUACAAGUUUGGUCUGGAGACCUGUUUCCUAAUGUCAGUAAACGUAAUUGGUCAGCGAAUGGAUUUCUAUGCCAUGAUUCAUGCCUGCUGGCUGAUCGCUGUCUUGUAUCGACGCAGAAGAAAAGCCAUCGCGGAGGUCUGGCCCAAGUACUGCUGCUUCCUAGCAUGUAUAAUCACCUUCCAGUAUUUUGUCUGCAUUGGCAUUCCUCCUGCCCCUUGCAGAGAUUACCCAUGGAGAUUCAAAGAUGCCAACUUCAAUAACAACAUCAUAAAGUGGCUGUACUUCCCAGACUUCAUUGUACGGCCCAACCCUGUGUUUCUCGUCUAUGACUUCAUGCUCCUUCUCUGCGCCUCCUUACAAAGGCAGAUUUUUGAGGACGAAAAUAAAGCAGCAGUGCGAAUCAUGGCGGGGGACAAUGUUGAGAUUUGCAUGAACCUUGAUGCAGCCUCCUUCAGCCAACAUAAUCCUGUGCCAGAUUUCAUUCACUGCAGGUCUUACUUAGACAUGUCCAAAGUGAUCAUCUUCAGCUACCUCUUUUGGUUUGUCCUCACCAUCAUUUUCAUCACGGGGACAACCAGGAUCAGCAUCUUUUGCAUGGGCUACUUGGUGGCCUGCUUCUAUUUCCUGCUCUUUGGCGGUGAUUUGCUAUUGAAACCCAUCAAGAGCAUCCUGCGCUACUGGGACUGGCUGAUUGCAUACAAUGUUUUUGUGAUCACAAUGAAAAACAUACUGUCAAUAGGAGCAUGUGGAUAUAUUGAGUACUUGGUUAAAAAUAGCUGUUGGUUGAUUCAAGCUUUCAGCCUGGCUUGUACCGUCAAAGGCUAUAAAUUGCCUGAUUCUGAUACAUCAUGUAAACUCCCCAGUGGUGAGGCAGGGAUUAUUUGGGACAGCAUAUGUUUUGCCUUCCUCCUGUUGCAGAGAAGAGUCUUCAUGAGUUACUAUUUCCUACAUGUUGUAGCUGAUAUAAAAGCCUCACAGAUUCUGGCAUCAAGAGGGGCGGAGCUCUUCCAGGCCACAAUUGUAAAGGCUGUCAAAGCAAGGAUUGAGGAAGAGAAAAAGUCAAUGGACCAGCUGAAGAGGCAGAUGGAUCGCAUCAAGGCCAGACAACAGAAAUACAAAAAGGGUAAGGAGAGGAUGCUGAGCUUGACCCAGGAAUCAGGGGAAGGCCAGGACAUCCAAAAUCUCUCCGAAGAAGAUGAUGAAAGAGAAGCAGACAAACAGAAAGCCAAGGGCAAAAAAAAGCAGUGGUGGCGGCCUUGGGUUGAUCAUGCUUCCAUGGUCAGGAGUGGAGAUUAUUAUUUGUUUGAAACGGAUAGUGAAGAGGAAGAAGAAGAAGAAUUAAGAAAGGAAGAUGAAGAACCUCCACGAAAGUCAGCCUUUCAGAGAGCUAUUGGGAAGUUUGCAUCAGCCAUUUUAGCCUUGCCAAAGUCUGUCAUUAAACUUCCCAAAACUAUUCUUCAGUAUUUAAUCAGAGCUGCAAAGUUUGUUUACCAAGCAUGGAUCACAGACCCUAAAACAGCACUCCGACAGAGGCGCAGAGAGAAAAGGCGAACUGCAAGAGAAGAAAAGAAGAGAAGGAGGAAGGCAUCUGGGGGCGGUCCUGUGGAAUGGGCGCAACACGAGGAAGAACUGGCCAAAAAGAAAUCUGAUGGACCAGAUAAUAUCAUCAAGAGGAUAUUUAAUAUUUUGAAAUUUACCUGGGUUCUGUUUCUGGCCACGGUGGACAGCUUCACGACAUGGCUUAACUCCAUCUCAAGGGAGCACAUCGAUAUCUCGACAGUUCUGAGAAUUGAAAGGUGCAUGCUGACCAGAGAAAUUAAAAAGGGCAACGUUCCCACUCGGGAGAGCAUCCACAUGUACUAUCAGAACCACAUCAUGAAUCUUUCCAGAGAGUCGGGACUGGACACAAUUGACGACCAUCCUGGCCCCUCCUCUGGGGCCCAGACAGCCCACAGGAUGGAUAGCUUAGACUCACAUGACAGUAUCUCCAGCUGCUACACUGAAGCAACCACGCUGCUGUUCUCAAGGCAGUCUACCCUUGAUGAUUUAGAUGGACCAGAAACUGUUCCUAAAACAAGUGAGCGUGCACGUCCUAGGCUCCGUAAAAUGUUCAGCAUGGAUAUGUCCUCCUCAUCAGCUGACAGUGGCAGUUUAGCAUCAAGUGAGCCCACACAGUGCACCCUGCUCUACUCACGCCAGGGGACCACAGAAACUAUAGAGGAGGUGGAGACCGAGCAGGACGAGGAGGUAGGGGCCAUUGCAGGCCCUGAAGAGGGAGCAGAAACUGAGAUGGAUGUAGGCCCUGAGGGGAUUGCUGAAGAGGAGGAGGUGGGCCUCACCCCGGACACGGAGUUGCUCCAGUACUCCACUGAGGAGGGUGAUGUGGAGGUGCCCCCCUCCUACAGCAAGGCGGUCAGCUUCGAGCACCUGUCCUUCGGCUCUCCAGAUGGCUGCGGAGGUCAGAACCACAUGGCAGUCAGCCCUGACGACAGUCGUUCCGACAGGCUGGAUUUCAGCAUCCUGCCCCCUCUGACCCACGAGCUGACAGCCAGCGAGUUACUGCUGAACAAGAUGUUCCGUGAUGAUGAGCUUGAAGAAUCUGAGAAAUUCUAUGUUGGCCAGCCCCGGUUCUUACUCCUGUUCUAUGCCAUGUACAAUACUCUGGUGGCCCGCUCAGAGAUGGUGUGCUAUUUUGUGAUUAUCCUCAACCACAUGGUCUCUGCCUCCGUGAUCACCCUUGUGCUUCCCAUUCUGAUCUUCCUCUGGGCCAUGCUGUCUGUCCCUCGGCCCAGCAGACGGUUCUGGAUGAUGGCCAUUAUCUAUACAGAGGUAGCAAUUGUGGUCAAAUACUUCUUCCAAUUUGGGUUCUUUCCCUGGAAUAAGAAUGUGGAAAUAAACAAAGAUAAACCUUACCACCCACCAAAUAUCAUAGGAGUGGAAAAGAAGGAAGGUUAUGUUCUUUAUGAUCUCAUUCAGCUGCUGGCUCUUUUCUUCCACCGAUCAAUUUUGAAGUGCCAUGGUUUGUGGGAUGAGGAUGACAUCAUUGACACUGGCACGGAAAAGGAGGAAUCAGAUGAUGAGCUCUCACUCAGUCAUGGACGAAGAGCCUCCUCGGAUUCUUUGAAAUCCAUCAACCUGGCUGCAUCUGUGGAGUCUGUGCAUGUGUCCUUCCCGGAGCAGCCUACAGCCAUCCGGAGAAAACGCUCAGACUGCAGUUCCCAGAUUUCUCCAGGGUCCAGCUUUUCUUCAACGAGGUCCAAAAGAGGCAGCACCAGCACCCAAAACAGCAGUCAAAGAGGAAGCAGUAUUUUGAGUAUCAAACCAAAGAACAAAAGACAACUCUACAUGGAGAAGCUUCAAGAACAUUUUAUGAAAGCCAAAGCAUUUACCUUAAAGAAGACUCUACAUAUAUAUGUGCCCAUCAGACAGUUCUUUUACAACCUCAUCCACCCAGACUACAGUGCUGUGACUGAUGUGUAUGUGCUCAUGUUCCUGGCAGACACGGUUGACUUUAUCAUCAUCGUCUUUGGCUUUUGGGCCUUUGGGAAACACUCAGCAGCUGCAGACAUCACAUCUUCGCUCUCUGAGGAUCAGGUCCCUGGACCAUUUUUAGUGAUGGUCCUCAUUCAGUUUGGCACCAUGGUGGUGGACCGGGCACUCUACCUUAGAAAGACUGUCUUGGGAAAGGUCAUCUUCCAGGUCAUUCUCGUGUUUGGAAUUCACUUCUGGAUGUUCUUUAUCUUGCCUAUUGUGACUGAGAGGAAAUUCAGUCAGAAUCUGGUUGCUCAGCUUUGGUACUUUGUGAAAUGUCUUUACUUCGGCUUGUCUGCUUACCAAAUCCGGUGUGGCUACCCAACACGGGUCCUCGGGAAUUUCCUCACAAAGAGCUAUAAUUACGUCAAUCUCUUCCUAUUUCAAGGGUUCCGCCUCGUCCCAUUUCUGACUGAGCUGAGGGCCGUGAUGGACUGGGUGUGGACAGACACAACCCUGAGUCUCUCCAGCUGGAUCUGCGUGGAGGACAUCUAUGCGCAUAUAUUCAUCCUCAAGUGUUGGCGGGAGUCAGAAAAAAGAUACCCACAGCCCCGGGGACAGAAGAAGAAGAAGGUGGUGAAGUAUGGCAUGGGGGGCAUGAUCAUCGUCCUGCUCAUCUGUAUUGUCUGGUUUCCUCUUCUCUUCAUGUCCUUGAUCAAAUCCGUUGCUGGGGUGAUCAAUCAGCCCCUAGAUGUCUCCGUUACGAUUACCCUGGGAGGGUAUCAGCCUAUUUUUACAAUGAGUGCCCAGCAAAGCCAAUUGAAAGUGAUGGAGCAGAUAGAGUUUAAUAAAUUUAUGAAUACCUUUUCUUCUGACACAGGUGCUAUGCAAUUUCUGGAAAAUUAUGAAAAAGAAGACAUAACGGUAGCAGAACUGGAAGGAAACUCAAAUUCUUUGUGGACCAUCAGCCCUCCCAGUAAGCAGAAAAUGAUAAGCGAACUCCUGGACCCCAAUAGUAGCUUCUCUGUUGUUUUUUCAUGGAGUAUUCAGAGAAACAUGAGUCUGGGUGCAAAAGCAGAAGUAGCAACAGAUAAGCUUUCAUUUACUCUUACAAAUAGCACUCGGGAGAAUAUAGCUAAAAUGAUAUCUGGCAACGACACAGAAAGUUCAAAAACACCAGUAACUAUUGAGAGAAUCUACCCCUAUUAUGUGAAAGCACCGAGUGAUUCUAAUUCCAAACCAGUAAGACAACUUUUAUCUGAAAAUAAUUUUAUGAAUAUCACCAUCAUUUUGUCCAGAGACAAUGCAACUGAUUCUAAUAGUGAGUGGUGGGUUCUCAAUCUGACUGGAAAUAGAAUAUACAAUCAGCAUGCUCAGUCCUUGGAACUGGUGGUCUUCAAUGACAAAGUCAGCCCCCCUAGUCUAGGGUUCCUGGCUGGCUACGGUAUCAUGGGACUGUAUGCUUCAGUGGUCCUUGUAAUUGGAAAGUUUGUCCGUGAAUUCUUCAGUGGAAUUUCUCACUCCAUCAUGUUUGAAGAGCUUCCAAACGUAGAUCGAAUUUUGAAAUUAUGCACAGAUAUUUUUUUAGUUCGAGAGACAGGAGAACUGGAAUUAGAGGAAGACCUCUAUGCCAAAUUAAUAUUCCUGUAUCGUUCACCAGAAACCAUGAUCAAAUGGACUAGAGAAAAGACAAAUUGAUACUUUUUGACACACAGACUGCAAGUCAAGUUAACAUUUGAAUUUUCAACAAAGGAAGAAAAGAGAAAAAGCACAAUAUUCUCCCCAGAGCUGAGCAUUUUUCAUUCAAUAGAAAUGAUUUCUUCUCGGGAAGGUGGCCCAAAGGAGUUGACAGGUUUUGGUAGUCAGUUAACUCUGAACGUUGAAGCACUGUUAAAAAAAUUAUUUGUAAUUCCAUUUCUCUGAAAUCAGGGCUACUUGCUUUAUGUUUUAGUCAACAGUGUGUUUUGCAUUCUGAUCGACUCUGUGAAGUUCUCCUUCCUCAGAGAGACAGAGGAAAAGGAGAAGUAACUUCCUGUGAGGCCAUGAGCCCUUUCUGUAAAGAUGAUAUCAUUUGAAUGACAGAGCUCUGUCACCGGUGGGGAAGCUGCUAUUGAGAACAGAUGGGCCCUCAGCACACCCCAAAUAUGCAACAGCAAUCGGAGGCUGCAAACUCCUACACAUAUUUCUGGGGAGAAGAGAGGGAGCUGAUGGUUCCUGGGGCAGCCAGUGGAAGGAUAUAAGCCUCAUUCUAAGCAAAAAGAAAACUUUAGUGACACUCUUACUGCCUUAUCUUAACUGAAGACUAAGGGAUCUUUCCAUUCAACACCAGUGACUUCUCAGGAAAAACCAACCAAAAAGCAGCAAAACAAAUCUGUGGACACCUGCUUUGUUGAGACCCAGUGAGUGACUCACUUCAGUGGAGGUGGCCGCCGAGCUCCACAGUUACUUCCCUCAAGACACAAUCACUCGGUCAAGAACUGAAGACGCACCCACUGACUGUGGAAUACUUUGACUUUGUAACUCUUUCGUUGGUCUUGGUCAUGGUCCCUCUUUGACCUUUUCCUAUCCCCAACAGCUUCUCCCAUUUCAAUGAUUUAAGGCAAUGUUUUUUUCCAAGUAUGUGACAUUUUCCUUCCUGUUUUUCAGGUAUAUCAAAGAGUUUACAUAUUCCAAUUCACAUUUUUACAUCUGAGACGGGUUUUUUAAGUUCAUAAUUAUGGAAGAAAUAUGUAUAUUGAGCUUGGGGAAAUAAAACUGGCCUUUCUUAAAUUAUUAUUAUUGGUAAUACAACCUCUUCAUUAAAUACCAGUGUAGCAUGAAAAUUUAUGACUGAAAUGUAGUUUUCAUUCCAUAUAAAAUACGAUUUCUG